CGUGCACCGCGAGGGGGGAGAGGAGGGCGAGCGGCGGCGGCCGCCCUUCCUCUUCCUCCUCCUCCUCUUCCUCCUCCUUCUCCUCCUCCUCCUGCUCGGGCCCGGGAUGCGGCUGAAGCUGUGCGGGGUGGCCGGCGGGCGGCUGGGGAUGCUGGCGGGGCUGGGCCGGAGCGGGGCGGGCGCCCUGCCGCUGCCCGGCUGCCUGCUGUACACGCGGUGCGGCUCCGCGCCGCACCUCACCUGCGACACCCUCGGGGAGGUCGCCGGGGUCCCCCCCGUGGCACAGCUCACCCUGUCCUUCAUGGCGGAGCUCCACGAGGUGCUGGAAGAGUACAGGGAAGGAGCGGCCAAGUUUGUAGGUAUGCCAGACACGGCCAUGUACUGCUCCCUUCAUGACCCAGUCACUCCUUGUCCAUCUGGCUACAACACUAACAAGGCAGUGUCCGUGUGGGGUUCCUCGGGGCGCAUGGAAAUAACAGCUUCCAAGUUCAUGGACAUACAGCGGGCUAUCCAGCCAGACUGGUUCCAGUGCAUCUCUGACGGAGACACCAUUUCUGGGGAAGUUAGUAGGAAAAGGGCCAAGAAGUCUGUGGAUAGGUCGCUUUCCUUCCUGGAUGAAUGCCUUCAGCUGCUGGAGAAAUCACCGGAACUACAAGGAAGUGUAAUGUUUGGGGCAAUUGAAGGUGGAGAUAUCUUGGAAGAGAGGAUCAGAUCAGCCAGGGAGACUGCCAAGCGACCUGUGGGAGGCUUUCUGCUAGAUGGCUUCCAGGGAUCUGCCAUGGCCAAGGAGACCAAGUUGAAACUGAUAGCUUCUGUCACAGCAGAGCUGCCAGAGGAUAAACCAAGAAUCAUCCAUGGCGUGGGCAAACCAGAUGAGGUGCUUGAGUGCAUUGAAAGGGGCGUGGACAUCUUUGAGAGCUUCUUUCCCUUCCAAGUGACAGAGCGAGGCUGUGCCUUGGUGUUUGGCUAUGAUUGCCAUCCAGAUCCUGAAGCAGCAGCAGUUUUAGAACAAAAUGGGGCCCAGGAGAAAAAUGGCGCUGAAGAAGACCAGGAUGAAAUCGCCAAAGCUGACCCAGAAAUGACGCCAUUUGAGAUAUUUCUGAAGGACAAAAGAUACCAGGACGAUUUUGGUCCUUUGCUGGAAGGGUGCACCUGCUACUGCUGUCAGAGGCACACUCGUGCCUACCUCCAUCACCUCCUCGUGACCAAUGAGCUGCUGGCUGGUGUCCUGCUCAUGAUGCACAACUUCCAGCACUACUUCAGCUUCUUCGGUGCCAUACGGGAUGCCUUAAGAGACAAUAAACUGGAUCAGCUGAAAAAGUUCAUCUUCAGUCAGUCACUUCAAGGCCCACCAAAUGCAAGGACGGGCCAGUGAGUUCAGAGAAGACAGAGGAGGUUGCAGCUUACAUCCUUACCCAGUGGGACCACGUAAACUGGACUGCUAGGACCUGGACCUGUUAGGCAGUAAAAUGCCUACCUUCCUGGAGAGAAUUUAAAGGGGUGCUUGAAGAUCUUGCUUCUAGGUGGAGAGAAAGAUGUUAUUCACUUGUCCCUUUCAGUUAACUGGCUUGGUGCAUUCUCAGGUUACAGGAGAGCUUGAACGCCUCACAGGACCAGUAUGGAUAGCUUUGUUUUCAGUUAUUCAGGGGUGGUUUUCCAUGUGGAAGAACUCCAUAUGGAAGGUCAGCAUCCAUUUGGGACUCUUACCCCUCUCCCCCAGAAAAUGCCAGUGGUGUGGUUGUCCCAUCAUGCAGGCCCUUGAUGGGAGGGAGAUCCUGCCUCAGUCUAGUACACGGCUCCUUGUGGCUGCUGCCAGCAUCGGUGUCCCUGAGAAGAACUGACUGGAAGUGCCGCUGUAUUCAGUGGCACAAAGGGACUGGGCACGUACUUCUGUCCCACUGCCUGCAGUGCAGAAUGUUCUCUGGGCCAAGGGGCCUUCUGCUUCAGCCUGGCCUGGAAAACCCCUGCCUCAGGAGUCCUAGGCUGUGGCAUGAGAGCCAUAGAGAAGAGCAAGUGUUGAAUCCAUGUUCUGCUGUAGAGGUUUUGUGUAUCCUUUCACCUGUAUGUGGGAUGGAGAUGUGGAAAGGACAUAUCACAAGAAAAGACAAUUAGAUGAGAUUCCAGUUGUUCCUUAUUUUAAAACACUUAUUUUUAAAAGUAUUAAAAGUAUGCUCCUUAUUUUAAAUUGUUAUGUCAUGUUCCUUUUAUUCAGUUCUUUUAUGCCCCUUACUUUGAAAUUGUGGAUUUAUUCAUUUUGUAUGACAAAGCAACAAUAAAAAUUUUUUAUUCAUUA